AGUUGCCGGAAGUGUUGUUUCGGUGUUUCUGGUUGAAUUUGUUCAACUUUUGCGCCGUGUGAUGGUGGCAAGGCGUUGCUUCAAAUUCAGCCAUCCCCCUCAACUAUAAAAAUAUAUGAAUCGGAAUUGCAUUUUCCCUGGACAAAACCCUGAGCAGAAACCAGAAUGCUACACUUCAUCCAGAAAGUUUCUGGAGCAUCUUCAAAGAUGCUGAAGAACCCUUUUACAGUGAGACUUGGAGCUGGCAGAAUAGACAUACUUUCUCUCAAGACAUGUCUACUGCAGAACUUUUCCUCUUUGCCUCCAAGAACUUGGCUUUCCCCAUCAUUUCAAGUGUGUAUGAGGAAGAUACAAUGCUAUCAUGUGUCACCAUGCAACUUUAAAAAGCAGAAGGCAGUCCUUCCUCCAAAGAAACGAAGCACCAUCACUUACCUACUCGAUAGCCCAAAGCCAGCUUUAUAUAUAACUCUGGCGGGGUUAAUCCCCUUUACUGCUCCCCCACUUCUCAUGGUAAUAACAAAGUCUUAUAUCCCCGUCCUAGCUUUCACUCAGAUGGCUUAUGGAGCCGGUUUCCUAGCUUUCUUGGGAGGGAUCAGAUGGGGUUUUGUUCUGCCAGAAAGUAGUCCAGCCAAACCAGACUACAUUAAUUUAGCUAGCAGUAUGAGUCCUAUUCUGUUUUCAUGGGCAGCCAUCCUAUUUUCUGAAAGACUCAAUGAAGCCAUAGUCACAUUAAUAAUAGGUUUAGGGAUAGCAUUACACAAUGAACUUUUCCUCUUACCACAUUAUCCCAACUGGUUCAAAGCCUUAAGGAUUGUAAGUACUUUAGUGGCUUUUAUCUCAUUUGUAGUCACUUUAAUACUUGAAAAUAUUUAUCCAGAAAAAGGGCCCAAGAGACCCGAUUAAAUAGAAAUAUAAAAAUACUUUCUUGGUAUUAUUUACAGUGUCUGUGGAGGCCAGAAGACUGUUGAAUCCCCUGAAGCUAGCUUUUUUUUUUUGUUUUGUUUUGAAGAAAUAUUUGUUUAUUUUAUAUGAGUACACUGUAGCUGUCUUCAAACACACCAGAGGUGGGCAUCAGAUGCCCAUUGCAGAUGGUUGUGAGCCACCAUGUGGUUGCUGGGAAUUGAACUCAGGACCUCUGGAAGAGCAGUCAGUGCUCUUAACCACUGAGCCAUCUCUCCAGAGACCCCUGGAGCUAGCUUUACAGACAGUUCUGAGCUACUCAAUAUCUAGGCUGGGAGCUAAACUUGGGUCUAGAGCAGUACAUAGUCUUGAGCAUUGAGCCUGUAUCUCUUAUCCUGUAAAGCUGCAUUUUAGCAUCACAAUUAUGUUCCUCCUUUGGCUCCUUCCUCCCCACCCCCACCCCCCCACAGGUAGGAAUUUAUUCUUCAUACAUAGUUUUUGUUUUUGUUUUCUAAAGAGUAUUUCUUUUAGCCAGAUGGCGGUAGUACACACCUUUUAUCCUAGAAGAAAGGAGGCAGAGGCAGGUGGAUCUCUGAGUUCGAGGCCAGCCUGGUCUAUAAAGAGAGUUUCAGGAGAGCCAAGGCUACACAGAGAAACCCUGUCUCAAAAAGUUACAGAUAUCCACCUGCCUUUGCCUCCUGAGUGUUGGGAUUAUAAAAAUUAUUUCAGGGCUGGUGAGAUGGCUCAGUGGGUAAGAGCACCCGACUGCUCUUCCGAAGGUCCAGAGUUCAAAUCCCAGCAACCACAUGGUGGCUCACAACCAUCUGUAACGAGAUCUGAUUCCCUCUUCUGGAGUGUCUGAAGACAGCUACAAUGUACUUACAUAUAAUAAAUAAAUAAAUCUUUAAAAAAAAAAAAUUAUUUCAAAGUAACUUAUUUUGAAAAAUGUCCUAAUCCUUAUUAUGUCAUAUAAGGUUAGUUUACAUUUUUGUGUGUCUGUGAAUUGUAUAGUCAUGUACCUAAACAUUUCAGUGUUUUGAUUAUACUGAGAAAAGUAAAAGAUGAAAAAUCCUGUAUUAGAAUCUAGCAAUCAUGAAGUCAUAUUUCAUGAAAAGAAUCCUACUUGUGGUUUGAAGAGAUUUGGCUCCCAUAGACUCAUGUGUUUGAAUCUGUUUGGCCCAGAGAGUGGCACUAUUAGAUGUGUGGCCUUGUUGGAGGAUGUGUCACUGUGGGGGUAGGCUUUGAGACCCUCCUCCUAGCUGCCCUGAAGACAGUCUUCUCCUGGUUGCCUUUGGUACAAGAUGUAGGACUCUCAGCAGUGCCAGUGCUGCCAUGCUCCUGCCUUGAUGAUAAUGAACUGAACCUCUGAACCUGUAAGCCAGCCCCAAUUAAAUGUUGUCCUUUAUAAGAGUUGCCUUGGUCAUGGUGUCUCCUCACAGCGAUGGGAAUCUAAGGCACUACUAAGAACCUUAAAAAUAAAAGUAUUGCUGUCAAGUUUUUUUAGCACUU